AUGACCGAACGCAGAGGUAUGGAGAUAUUGGAUGAUCCCAUUCAUGGGAUCUUCAUCCCCAGCGGCAUCUUUACAUUGGGCGUUCUUGUUAUCGCCUGGUCAGCGGGGAACGCAUGGUACCUUCUAGGCAUUCUAGCUUUGGCAAUGUUUGUAGGUGCACGCCUGCUACUAGCAUACAGAAGCAGGACUUCAAUUCUUCCAAAUGAGUGGACGCCAUUAGAAUUGGAAGAACGGAUCGUUCUAAGCAAAAAUGCUGCGAUAUACAGAUUCAAGCUCCGUUCAAGCGUGGAAACUCUUGAUAUACCUACUGGCUUUCAUUUAGCUGCGAAGGUGAUGCUGGAUGGUGUAGAAGAAGUGCGUUACUACACGCCUAUCUCCAACAAAUUUGCCGAGGGCCAUUUCGAUAUCAUUGUCAAAUCUUAUGUCGACGGUAAGGUAUCCAAAUGGUUUGCUGGGCUACAGCCAGGCCAAACUGUGGAAUUCAAAGGUCCUGUAGGACGGUUCAGCUAUGUGACGAAUGCGUACAAGAAAAUCGGUAUGGUCACCGGGGGCUCUGCAAUUACGCCGAUGUUGAGUGUUCUCAACAAGAUCGUUACAACUCCUGAAGAUACCACGCAAGUGUGCUUAAUUUACGCCAAUGAGACGGAAAACGAUAUCCUGUUGAAAGAUGAAUUGGACGAUCUUGCCAGCAAGUACCCAAACUUUGAAGUACACUACGUUGUACGCAAACCCUCGGCCAGCUGGACGGGUGAAGUUGGCUAUGUGACUAAGCAGCAUCUUGAAAAAUACCUUCCGCCAUGCAAUCCAGCCCACAGACUACUCAUCUGUGGACCACCUAAAAUGAAGCAGAUGGUGUUGGAAUACGCUGAACAGUUGGGGUGGCCCAAAGGCGCCAUGAAGUCAAAGCCAGAAGACCAAGUUUUUGUUUUCUGA